AAUAAACAGUAUAACAAUCUCCUUCCUGUGUAAUCCAUUUGGUCUGAUUAUGUGGUUGUCAACAAUUGCCGUGUUGGUGUGUGCAUCACUAUCUAAUGCACUUUCCUGCAAUUUGUCUUCGGAUCUGCUUAAAGAAAUUCGUUCUUACCAAGGAACAGUUGACCAGAUCAUAAAUGCAACUACACAAGGACUAUUCAAGGGCAAAACCUACGAUGAACUGGCGUAUUUUGUUGAUAAGUUUGGAGCCAGACAAGCAGGAAGCCAGGUAUUGGAAGAUUCAAUAGAUUAUUUACUGGAUCUGAUGCAAUCGACAGGAUAUGACCUAGAUAAUGUUCAUGGAGAAAAUGUUACCAUUCCGCAUUGGAUUAGGGGAACUCAAACAUGUGAGAUGCUGUCGCCAAGAAAAGCUAACAUUCCAGUACUAACCCUCGGUGGUUCUGUGUCUACCUUAGCCAAUGGAUUCGAGGCAGAGGCCAUAGUUGUAAAAGACUUCGACGAAUUGGACAGAGUUUCUGACAAAGUAAAAGGCAAGAUUGUGGUGUACAACAACGAAUAUAUUACAUAUGGGGUAUCUGUAGCUUACAGGAGUAAAGGACCAAGUAAGGCAGCUAAGUAUGGAGCAAUAGCGACCUUGAUAAGGUCUGUAACACCGUUUUCCUUAAAUACACUCCAUACUGGUCAAACUGCAUACGAAGACUCCAUACCAAAGAUAGCAGCAGCUUCAAUAACAAGAGAACAUGCUAACAUGUUCCAAAGAAUGCAGGAUCGUGGUGACAAAAUAGUAUUAAAACUCAACAUCCAAACCCAAAAUUUGGAUCCAGUUACAUCAAGAAACGUCGUUGCAGAAAUUAAGGGAUCAAGAGAUCCUGAAAAAGUAGUUCUAGUAUCUGGCCAUAUUGACAGUUGGGACGUAGGUGUAGGAGCUAUGGACGAUGGAGGGGGUGCUUUUAUUUCUUGGUAUGCUUUGCGCGUACUUAAAGCUCUUGGUUUAAAACCAAAAAGGACUCUAAGAUCUGUGCUUUGGACAGCUGAAGAACCGGGAUUGAUUGGUGUCCAAGCCUAUGGCCAAGCCCACAAAGACGAAUUGGACAAACAUAUUUUUGUAAUGGAAUCUGAUGAAGGAGUUUUUACACCUUUGGGUAUAGAAUAUGUUGCUGGUGAUGAGGGAGGUUGUAUUCUGGAGGAAAUACUAAAAUUGCUGACUCCAAUAGACGCAACACAGGCCAAAUUAGUCGAGUUCGCAGGAUCUGAUAUUACAAUCUGGAGGAACAUUUUACCAACUGCAAAUUUGCUGAGUCGGAAUGAAAAUUACUUUUGGUAUCAUCACUCUGAGGCCGACACCAUGGACGUUUUAGAUACCGCAGCCUUAGAUAAGGCCACAGCAUUAUGGGCUUCCGUAGCAUACAUACUUGCUGAUCUGAACAAAGAUUUCCCAAGACAAGUACCAAAAUUAAAUAUAGUGUUGCCAUCAGUACUGCACGUUUAGAUUUAGUUUAAUUUAUUUGUAUUAUUUGUAUAUCAUUCAUCAUCAUCAUCAAUGGCGUUACAACUCUUCGUGAGUCUUUGUCGCGUUUAAUAUUGUCUUCCAUGUUUGUCUGUCCUGUAUAUCAUUAACCCCCUAUUAAAAAAUAUUACCUCACUCUUGAGACUUUUUUUAUUCAGUCAUUCAUGUUGAGUCUGCCAAAUGCCUCAAAAAAUAUGGGCCUGCAAGUAAACGAGGAGAAAACUAAGAUGAUGGCAUCAACACCCAACAAUAGAGCCACAAACAUCGGUCACCAAUUCACGGUUGAUAACUCUACCUUUGAAGUGGUGGACCAAUUCACAUACUGAGGCUCCUUGAUCACCAAGGAGAACGUCAUUAUUGCGUUUAUUAAAUGGAUGAACAUCCAUUUAUUAAUAUAUUAUAAUACUUUCAUUAUGUAUACCAUAAUAUCACUUUAAUGAUAUUACGAACACUGUUCACUGAGUCAACGAACUCUAUUCAGUGAAACAACAACGUCGUUAAUUGACCGACGAAGACUAUUCGUUAUGUCAACAAGAGUGUUAUUUCUCCUAACGUAUACUGCUUCAUGCAUCCAAUAAAUUUCGUUUAUUUCUACAGUUCUUUCCGUUUAUUCUUACAAUUAAUUCUGUUCAUUCCAACAAUAAAUACGGUUAUUCUGACAAGCAACAAAAAUACUAAUUAGUUUUCCCAGGAUUCGAAAAAAAUGAAUACGAUAAUAGAUACACGAAAACUUCCUUCCAGUAUGGACUACAUUUGAAAACGAAAUGAAAUUAUUCGGCACUUCGGCAGAGGUAACAUCAUUGUUUAACAAAGAAUUCUUUUUUAAACAAUGGUAACACAGAGAAACUCGGGGUAUCACGGUAAGGAAAAGCCGUUACAUUUCAAAUGGUCAAGCAAAACAUUUAUUGUUUCAACAACUGCGUUUAUUGUUACCAUGAACGCAUUGAUUGUGGUUAUUAAACGAAGUUAGUAGAUUGAUUAUUGCAUUCGUUGUCAUAACAAUCAGUUUACAUCUAUGGAAUAAUCAAAUAUUACUCUAUAUUAACAUUUAUACAUUGUUUUGAUGAAAUAUGUACGUUGUCACGAUAAACCAAGGUAAUUGCUUAUCAUCUACGAAAUCAAGAAAGUGUUUUACUGCCAGAAUUACUAUUUUUUAUUAAAUAUACGAAACUAACUUAUUGGCUGAAUAAAUUGAGUGUUAUUGAAUAAUGUAGUCUAGUUAUUUUCACAAUUAUUAUUCAAUCAUUGUGACAAUAACCAAAUACAUUCAUCAAUGUCUAAAAGUUCGUUGAAACAAAAAAUUAAUUGUUGUUACAACGAAAUACUAUUCAAUAAUCACUGUUAAUCAAUAUUUACUAACUAAAUUUUUUUGAGUGUAACCUCUAUAUUUACAAAACGCCCUCUCCCGAAAAUUUUCCGAAAUAGAAAAGUUGUCUGACUCGACAUGAAUAACUGAAUAAAUAAAGUCCCAUGAGGGAGGUAAUAAUUUUUUUAGUAGUAGACCCAAGGACUAUCUGUUUUAAAAACAUCAUCUUGCGGUGGUAAAUUUACUUUUUUUGAAGAUUUACUUUUUGAUAUACAUAUAGUAUGUGUAGUUCAUAUGAUUCAUGUUAAAUCAAACGAAGCUACACCAAAAAAGAGUUCUUUUUAGACGAUCCUUCUGUAUCUAUAGUCCAGUCAAUGACCAUUUUCCCGCAUAAUUUUCUGAGCCUGCACCGAUUUACUUUUUGAGUAAUUCGCAAAAACCCCUUUGAAAAAUGUUUUUUUUUUAAUAAAAAAUUUACCUUUUCGCAAUGACAAAAGUUGCUUAAAAUUAGUUAAUAUGCAUAUUCAUUCCCGGUAUUAUUUUUAAUAAAAAAAUUGGACAUCUUGGAUAUUAGUGCACCCUAUGUACAGCACAGCUGAAUCUUAUGUUUGUGCGUCACAGUGUUGCCAUGCCAUUUCUUUCAUAAUUUCAAUCAAUGUUAAAUGUCACUACAAGAAUAAUAGAAUAAGAACGUUUACUUCUCCGUCAUUAUACUAGGUAGAAUGACAAAUAGGUGUCAAAUGAAAGCUUAUAUUCCAAGGAUAGUACUAAAGGUGAGAAAUUAGACCUAGAUUGUCUGUCCCUUAAAAAAUAAGUGUUAUAUUGGGGAUUUCUAAUGUCGACAUUAAAAGUUGCACUAUUUUUUUUUCUAUAAAACAUUUUGAUCUAAAACUUACCAGAAAACUUCUUUGUACUCAUUACUUUCAAAUAAACGUGAUUAAGAAGCUAAAUUUUAAACUUCGUCGCACAACUUUUGCGAUUAAACUUUGCAACGCACAAAUCCGCACCUUUUUCUUUGAAAAAUUCAUAACCUUUAUCAUGAUAAGAAUAAAAACUUGAAGCAGGUACCUUUGUCUUCAGAAAUGUUAGAGCUAUAUACUGUAAGAAUUUCAGAAAAAAAUAUUAAAAUGGAACAGAGUUGUAGCGAGGUAAACGCAAAAAACGUGAUUUCAUUUUUUUUUAUUUUUAGGUUAAAAUUGCAAUUUUGACAAUGUUCCCCCACAUAAAAUUCAAAAUAAACCUCAUUUUCGUUUUCAGCACCCUCGAAAAUAUAAAGUAUGAAUAAAAUUAGCCAUUCACCCCUCCGUGGUCAGUAUCUCGAAAACUAAGUGCUUUUUUGAGGGUGUCCCGCUCGUGUAUAAUAUCACAAAAAAUUGUAACGUGAUAGUAUGAAAAAAUAGAGGAUACGGCAAGAUACGGCAACGGUGUUACAAGUGAUGGGUCGGAUUCAAUGCCAAAAUCUACACAGACAUAUGAGGGUGCACUAAUAGCCAAAAUGUCCAAAAAUUUACCCCCCCCCCGUUAACCCUUAAACGCCCAACCUUUUUUAGGUUCCAUGUACGCCCAAGGGUGGGUAAAAAAUGUCCACCUCGAAAAUAGCUAAUAUAUUUAUUGAGAGUUGUUGAAAAUGGACUAAACUUACGGAUCUUAUGCUUAAUAAACACAGCAUCUUGUAAAAUAUUAAUAUAAAUAAUUUACAAACCUUACAACAAAAUUUACAAUGUACAUCAAAAUUAACAUACCAGUAAAAGCCAGUAAUUCAAAUUUGUCGAUUUUCUCCACAUUCUUCCUUUCAGCCUCCUCAUUGGCGGAUAAUUAUGUCGAUUAUGUAAUUAUACGUCUAUAAUUAUAUGGAUUAUGUUCCUACCAACGAGAAAUUAUAUAGAAACCUUUAGUAACAAGUUUUACCAAGGGUGUACUUUUUAUGCCCACCCUUAUUUAACUCAAGUUAUUACUUUUAUUUUCAAAAAUAUCGGUAGAAACAAUUUAACAUUCGAUAAAAGGCUGUCUUUUUAACAAUAAAUAAUUUUUGGAAAAUUUUUAAACACGUAAUAAAUAUGUUACAAGGGAAUACGCAUUAGGUGGACAUUUUUUACCCACCCUUGGGCGUUUAAGGGUUAAGGGGUGGUGGCCCAGGGUAAAAGCACCUUAAGGCAUAGCGCAAAAGUUGAAGUAGAGAGUAAGUAGAACUCGCAGCCUUUUAGUACACACGGCUCAGGAAAUUAUCCAGUUACGCUAUAUUUUACCUUCAUUGACUUCACUAACAUAUUUAUUAAAUGAAUUUAGAUUGUAUUACCUUUUAUACAGAAUUAUAAUGUACUAAAUCCCAUUGAUAGUCCUGUCGCCAGGGGGGUUACAACGGCCUCCUGUAUUCAGAUGAAUUUACCCAAGUUUUUUUUAUGUAUUUUGACCUGUAGAACACGAAUUUUUUGGGUAACAGUUGAUCCGCAUGUCGAUAAGAUUGUUAUAAACCAAGAAGUUGAGGAAUCACAUAACAGCGAUUUCUCGCAAAACAAAACAUUUUUUUUUGUAUUUUUUGGGCCAUUCUAACCAAAAAAUGUUCCUAUAAUUUUUUUCGUAGGAUGCAUAGUUUUCGAGAUAAACGCGGUUGAACUUUCAAAAAAUCGAAAAAUUGCAAUUUUUGAACCCGAAUAACUUUUGAUUAAAAAAUAAAAUAGCAAUUCUGCUUACCGCAUUUGAAAGUUCAAGUCAAAUUAUAUCGGUUUUAAUUAUUUGUAUUGCUAAAAAUUUAUUAUUUUAUUGUUAAAAAAGCUAUAAACACCUAGUGCUUGAGUGAUGUUUUCAAUGAUUUCUCAUUUAAAAUUGAACGAGUAGGUAGAAGAGGUAAAAGUGCAAGCGGGGCUAUUUCUAAGUAGCAUGCAUUAAAACGCAUGUAUUAGGCACGGGAAACACUAUGUGUUUAUAGCUUUUUUUAACAAUCAAAAAAUAAAUUUUUAGCAAUGCAAAUAUUCAAAACAGAUAUAAUUUGACUCAAACUUUUAAAGGCGGUAAGCAGAAUUGCUAUUUUAUUUUUUAUUCAAAGGUUAUUCGGGUUCAAAAAUUGCAAUUUUUCGAUUUUUUGAAAGUUCAACCGCAUUUAUCUCGAAAACUAUGCAUCCUACGAAAAAACUUGUAUUAACAUUUUUUGGUUAGAAUGACCCAAAAAAUACAAAAAAAUGUUUUGUUUUGCGAGAAAUCGCUGUUAUGUAAUUCCUCAACUUCUUUGUUUAUAACAAUCUUAUCGACAUCCGGAUCAACUGUUACCCAAAAAAUUCGUGUUCUACGGGCCAAAAUACAUAAAAAAAACUUGAGUAAGUCCAUCUGAAUUAAGAAGGCCGUUGUAACCCCCCUGGCGACAGGACUAUGAAUUAUUUAGUGUUUUAUACGUUUUUUACUAAAAUUUUCCUAUUUUAAUCAGAUUAACACGAUUAAUAGAUUUUUUAUACUAUUAUGUAGGUAUCUGAAAAAAAAAACAGACCACUUCACUUAGUAUUUAAUGUAAAUCUUAGUGUAAAAAAUAUUAUAAUGUAGGUAAUCUUAGAUUUUAAAUGUUAUUUGUAGUUUUAGCCCAGUUACUUAAAAACAAUGAUUUAAUACAUACCUAUUUAAUAAUAAAAUAUACAAAACAUCCA